AUGACAUCCCCCAUCUUCAUCCAACGACCCGACCCAUCGUUGCUUUCUCCAACGUGGAAGAGCUCGCUCACACCCAGUUCAGCAAGCAGCCACCAAUCGCUCUCUAGAUCCCGGUCUCCGCUCGGGUUCAGCUCGUUUGUCAACGCCUACGAGAAGCGGUCUCGAAGACCAUCUAUCCCAACACGCUCCUGGUCGCGAGGCUCACAAAGUCCCAGUCCAGAUGGAGUUCGCUCUGGGAUGGCAACCGUUGUGCCAACGAGGCAAUCCAGUCCAGUCCCCUCUUCGACGGUUCAUAUCCUGCAAACCCCAUCACCUUCACCAUCACCCGUUCCACAGCGCUCGGUGCGACUUGUCAAAGGACGACGAUCGCGCGCGUCAUCUUCGUCCCGUCAACGCGGCAGAUCCGAUAGCCUGCGCCGCGUUCAGCCAAUCAUCAACGUCCCCAAACCAGCCAACUACGGUCGAUGGGACUCUAUUCGAGAUGGUGUCGCCCCAGAACCCGUCUAUUCAUCGCGAAAGGCAGAACUUUCAAAGCCACUUCCGACGGCAGGAGUCAACGCUUGUCAGAAAUGGCUCACGGCGUCGCCCCCAGUCUCUUGGUUUACCGUAUCGGCAGAGGAGACGGAGAGGAGGAGGAAGAUUGCGCACGAAACGUUGUCUGUCCGCCUACCUCUUGCUGUUCGACGCGCCAUAAAGGAAACGGAAUAUGCACUCGACUGCACCGUCUCCGAACAGAGUUUACUCUUCCUCUACACACAGCAUACUACUUCAGUCUACGAUCUCGACGUGGACGAUAGGAUGCUCCUGCUGGAUGACAAGAUUGCCGACUUGGCCAAAUGUCUGCAACGGCUCAAGACACUGGAAGCCGAGCUAUCCGCGAACAAACGAUUAAAACGCUUUGGAGUGAGUGCCGAUGCACACUGGUGGAAUGACCAACUCGUGGCAAUGGCAAAGGAGCUCGGCUCGGUACCGACAUAUGCGACGGCACCAACGCUCUUUGUAGAGGCCUAUGUUCAUCGCCGAAUUGCCGAGUGCUUCGCUGUCAGUACGUGGUGGGGAGAUUUCGAUCCCUUUAAACGAGACAAACAUCAAUCACUUGCAAAUUCGUUCAAGGAUGUCAUCUCCCUGGCGUCGGAAUAUGCGACUCCCGUCGAGAUCCCUGACUGCUUAUUUCCCGACGAGGUCAAGGAGGUAAUCAAAGAGCAGUUUACCAAACUUGUUCGAGCCUUAUUCAGAGUACAUCAUAACAUGGACUUUGAGAACAUUCUUGACCGCCUCUGGACUACCGUGGCAAAGACGUAUGAACAAGGGAACGGGCGUGUCGACAUUGUCCUGGAGAACGCCGGAUUUGAGUUGUUCUCCGAUCUUCUCUUUGCCGACUUUCUUAUUCAAAGCGGACUGGCACUUGAAGUGCGAUUCCAUGGCAAGCGCAUGCCUUGGUUCACGAUGGAUGCUACAAAGUCAGACUGGGAAUGGAUGUUAGCCGCACUCGUUGAACCUACAACGUUUUCAACAUGCACUCAAAGUGAGAGGAACCUGCUUCGUACACUGGCAGGUCGAUGGAAAUCAUGGGCUGAAAGCCGUCGCUUCAUCUUUGAACACCAUGCAUUCUGGACGACCGGAUACACAUUCUGGGCAAUGCCUCUUCAUGCUUCGGAUCUCUUUCGACAUUUAUCGGCCAGUCAACUCGCCAUCUUCAAAGGAGUCCUCAACUAUCGGCGCCUGACGUACGACGAGGCCGCACCACAAGGCACGCCAUUCGAAGAAGCCAUUGGGCCAAUGGGUGCCAGGAGAGGUAUUGACUUUCCGAAUGUCAUAUGGCUUUCAUCUGCAUCACGCGACGUCUAG